UGUCAUUUGAAUAAUGGGCGUGGCUGUAGGGCUAUAUUAUGUAGUGCAGUCAGCUGGAGAGGAUUGUGUGAACUUGUAUCCUUUAUCUGUGGACACGAAGAGAAAAAAGCCUUUUGAGAACACAUUCAUACAUCAGCUUUUAAAAUAAGCUCAUUAAGAAGUGGAUAUGAUGGAGCUCAUCAUCAAAGUCCUGAGCGGAGAAACGUGGUCCGUGCACGUGAACCCGAGUGCCACCAUUGGUGAACUUAAGCAACAGAUUGCCUCGCACUUUAAAGCACCACCUUCACGGCUGAGGCUUUCCAUCUCCAAUGGACAAAUCCUGCAGCUGGACUGUGACCAGAAGAUGGUGAGAGAUUACGGCCUGAGCUCAGGAUCCACCGUGAUGCUGCUGAUCUCCGCGACACCUGUACCAUUUCAGGUGUUUGUGAAGAACGAGAAGGGGCAGACGAGAACAUACGACGUCACUGAUGAUGAAACCGUCGAUCAGUUGAUGAGGAAGAUCUACCAGAAAGACAGAACACCAAUCGACCAGCAGCGGCUGAUCUACAAUGGCCGACAGCUCGAGUCUGCCAUGAGGCUGCAGGAUUACAACAUUGUUUCUGGAAGCACCAUCCACAUGACCCUCCGUCUGCGUGGGGGAUGAUGGGACAGAAACACAUAGAGAUUAUUUUAGAUUUAUAAAUUAUGCUUAGCACGAUUCACAGUGUUGUAUGUGUUACAUAUAUACAAGUGUGUUAGAGUUUCUUAAAUGAACUUAACUGAUUCUCCUUUUUGGACCUUUUUCAGUAUUUUCCUAUAUUUCCAUUUCAAUUUUUUUUUAUAUCUUUUUAAUCUGACUUAAAACAAGACUACACACACACACACACACAGACCCUUUUUUCAAUUUUCAACGGCCGACAGCUCGAGUCUGAAAAGAGGCUGCAGGAUUACAAAAUUGUUUCUGGAAGCACUAUUUACAUGAUCUUCUGAGGCUUAUACAUAU